AAACAGUAAAUUUAACGAAGAAAACGAGGGCUCCUUCGGGGCCUUUAUCCACUGAACCCUCGUGGCGGCGACCACUUGGUGCUCGGAAAGGCGAACGGUUCCUCGCCAUGGCGUCGGAGAAGGAUGCUGCGCUCGCCGCCGUGCCCAACGACAAUCCCACCAUAUUUGACAAGAUCAUCCAAAAGGAAAUACCGUCUACUGUGGUUUAUGAGGAUGAGAAGGUCUUGGCUUUCAGAGACGUAAACCCCCAAGCUCCAACACACAUCCUAAUCAUUCCCAAAGUCAAGGAUGGAUUAACUGGCCUUUCAAAGGCAGAAGAGAGGCAUGUAGAGAUACUUGGUUAUCUCCUAUAUGUUGCAAAAGUGGUUGCAAAGCAGGAAGGACUUGAAGAUGGCUACCGUGUUGUCAUCAAUGAUGGCCCUAGCGGAUGUCAAUCUGUUUACCACAUCCAUGUACAUCUUCUUGGAGGCAGACAGAUGAACUGGCCCCCAGGCUAAGAACCACUCGUCUGUUGAUCAGUCUUCACGGCAAGGAUUUGCGUUGCAAUUCUAUCGAAUAAUCAUCCAUGCAAUUUCCUUAAAAGUUAGCUCGCUGGACUUGUGCUAUAUUUGUGGAAUUACUGGAACCAUCCUGCUGUGAUUUAUGGACAAGAAACUUGUACUUGGAAUCUUGGAUUGACUGGUUUCUUAUCAAUCUGAUCAAUGCUUUCACAAGA